AUGGCUGCAUCCUCCAUAACUACCCCGACAACGCUCACAAAGAGCAAAGGUAUCCAUGACCUCACUCUUUGUGAGCGGAGCAUACUUGUAGAUGCUCUCAAAAAUGACUUACUGACCCUCCAACACAUCACUGAUCAUGAUGCCCGCCGAAGACUCUUGUUCUCUCGUGACCCCAUCAUCUAUGGAGAAGCUCCUAGCGCUGAAUCACCCCACUCUCAUGGACGACGUCAGUUCCUCGAUUGUCAGAUCGAUCGCAGGGGUCUCCCUCGUCUCACACUGGAUGAGACUUCUCCAGCGCCUCCUCGUCUUCAUCACCGUCCUCGUCCUCAGCGAUUCCAAUCAUCAUCCCAUUCUCCAGCACCUUCUCCAGCACCUUCUCCAGCACCUUCUCGUCCCCAUCCUCGGCGAUUCCAAUCGUCAUCCCCUGAGCCAUCUCCUGGCCCUCCCCGUCCCAGGAGUCUCCCUCGUCUCACACUGGACGAGACUUCUCCAGCGCCUCCUCAUCCUCGGCGAUUCAAAUCGUCGUCCCCUGAGCCAUCUCCUGGCCCUCCCCAUCCUUGUUCUCGGCAAUUCCAAUUGUCAUCCCCUGAUCCAUCUCCUGGCCCUUCUCACUGUCGUCAGAAACUCCAUGUAUUUGUUGAGGUGCCACUCGCCCCACCCUCCUGGAAGUUGAUUGCUACAUGGCAACUGGAAGAGGCGAGUCGUGAAACUCCCUUGCAAACCCUACCUGCCAGUGGAGAGAAGUUGAUUGCUACACGGCAACUGGAAGAGGCGAGUCGUGAAACUCCCUUGUGA